AUCGUGAGUAUAAAGCCCUAUUCCAAUUGCACGCUGUUUUAAACAGUCUUAAAUUUUAUAAUCAUGAAUUAUCUUAUAAAGAACGGGUGGCUCAUCAAAUAAUAGACAGUAUAGAGGCCUUCGACCAUAUCACAUAUUCUACACAUGUUAUUACCAUUAAUAAUGAGUCAAAGAGUAAUAACGUAGAUGGUAUGAAACUAGGUAAUAGAGCAGAAGUUUGGAACAAUAUCUCUGAGAACAUAUCUGUAUUUUCAACUAUUUUUCAAGGGCCUUCGGACAUCGCAAUUACUGAAGCUGAACGAUUGUUCUCACUACUUAAAAACCAAAAAGAUAAAAUUGAUAACAUUUUGGAUUCACAUGCUGUAUAUGCAGUGGAUGCUGAAGUCAAAUUUGAGGAUAAAAAUAUAAUUAGAACUGAGGAUAAAAAAAAGUCUCAAUCCUUUAACAUUACUAUUGAACUCUGGGUAAAUGUCAAACUUAAUUCUAAAAAUAGUACUAACUCAACUUUAGAGUUUGAGAUCGACUUAUAUAAUUGCUCAGUGACAAAAUUACUCAGCGAACAAUGUCCAUCUCUAGAUAAUUUGUUUUGCUACUAUAUCGACUCAUUAGAAAUUCGUGCCUCUCCGCUCAAGUCUGACGACGCUUGUAUAAUUGUUCAAAAGAAAAAACAUAGCCCACAUAAGUCUAAUAAUGAUAUCACAUCUACAAAAGUCUAUGAAAACGACUAUCGUUUUCAAAUGGAUGUAGGUGCGCCGCAAAGUAUCAAAGCAAUUUUUGCCACUGGUAAAAAAAAAGGUCGAAGUUCUACGGCAACAACAAAAGAAUGGAGCAUGAGGGCUACAUUCAGCGGAAAUAUUGGCAACGAAUGGUCAUAUCGAUUUACUGAUAACGAUAUAGGUGAUAACUUGGACA